AUGAACGGAGGAGUAUCCUUGUCUGUGACUGGUGGCAAAGAAGCGGCAACGAAGACAUUUCAGUAUCAAGACAAACUUCCAAAGUUGCCCAUUCCACCAUUAGAGGACACUCUGAAACGAUAUAUUGCAGUUGUAAAACCACUUCAGAGCAAUAAAGAACACGAACGGACACUUGCUGCGGUCGAAGAAUUCGCAACUUGUGAGGGUCCCAUACUCCAAGAGAGACUCCUCAAAUAUGCCGAGGAUAAGUCGAGCUACAUCGAAGAGUUCUGGUACGAAUCCUAUUUACACUAUAGCGAUCCAGUCGUCCUUAAUCUCAACCCAUUCUUCGUACUCGAGGAUGAUCCGACACCGGCAAAGAAUAACCAAGUUAUUCGUGCUGCUUCCCUUAUCGUCUCUUCCUUGAAAUUUGUGCAUGCUCUCCGUAUCGAGGCUCUCGAGCCUGAUGUAUUCAGAGGCACUCCAUUAUGCAUGUCUCAAUUUGAAAGACUAUUCGGCACUUCUCGCCUACCGACGGAAAAUGGAUGUAUUAUGCAAACGGAAAAGCAGUCCAGACACAUAACAGUUGUCUGUCGUGGACAAUUCUAUUGGUUUGAAGUGUUUAAUGGUGAUAACCAAGUAUGCAUAACCGAGAAGGAACUUGUAGCUAAUUUGAAAACCAUUAAACAAGAUGCCCAACAGACACCAGUAGUCGAAGUUGCUAAACACGCCGUAGGCAUUCUAUCGACCGAAAAUCGUAAGGUAUGGGCAGGUCUCCGUGAUAUUCUGGAGCAAUUUGCAGAGAAUAAAGAUGCACUUAGAGUUCUUGACUCGGCACUAUUUGUCGUUUGUCUUGAUGAAGUAUCUCCAACAACCGGAGACGAGGUUUCAGAGAAUAUGCUAUGUGGUACAUACAAAAUUGAACAGGGAGUUCAGGUUGGCACAUGUUCAAACAGAUGGUACGACAAGUUACAGAUUAUAGUAUGUGAAAAUGGUUCAGCUGGAGUGAAUUUUGAGCACACAGGUGUGGAUGGUCACACGGUCUUGCGCUUUGUCUCGGAUAUCUAUACGGAUACUAUCCUUCGAUUCGCACAAACAAUCAACAGUCACACUAAAUCCCUCUUCCAUUCGUCUUCUCACACACGCCAACAAAGAAACCCUAAUGGAACUCAAAUUAUCGAUACAACUCCAAAGAAACUAGAAUGGACGCUAACUCCAGAAGUGCAGACUGGCAUUAGAUUUGCAGAGAGUAGAUUGAGCGAUCUAAUAUUGCAAAAUGAGAUUGCAGUGUUGGAAUUCAAUACGUAUGGAAAACACUUUAUUAUAAGCCAUCAGCUCAGCCCGGAUGCAUUCGUGCAAAUGGCAUUCCAAGCAGCAUACUAUGGACUCUACGGAUCGAUUGAAUGUGCAUAUGAACCGGCUAUGACUAAAGCUUUCCUUCAUGGACGCACCGAAGCAAUUAGACCAGUAUCUACUGAAUCAGUAGAGUUUGUCAAAUUAUUUUGGACGGACGCGCCUGGAGUCGAGAAACUUGAAAGUCUCCGAAAGGCGAUUGAUGCUCAAGUCAGUCUUACCAAAACGUGUUCUAAAGGCCUGGGGCAAGACAGACAUCUCUAUGCCUUACAAUGUAUUUGGCAAAAAGAUCAACUGGGAAAGGUUAACGAAGACAAGAUACCUUCAAUCUAUAAGGAUUCCGGUUGGCAAACGCUCAACCAUACGGAAGAGGGCAUCGCUUUUUGCGCCUCGUCUAAGCAUCGACAAACGCAUCGCUUUCUUCAGACGCUUAAGAACUAUUUACUUGAUGUGCGACUGUUACUUUUGUCUGAAAAAAGGACGCAUGAUAUGAUGCGUAAUGUAUCGGAUGAAGAAAACAUAAGCAUGCUUUCCGGCUAUGGUUACUUUGACGCUGGUGGUCUCGAGGAAUUACGUGAACACCGUUUGGAAGAAAAGAGGGAGGGCAUGAAAAUGGUCGGGAAAAUCUUGAAAUUGGUAGACUAUUAG